AUGAUAUUUUCCUUAGGGUUUGCUACUCUUCUUUCUCUGCUGCAGGUUGCGACGGCGCAAACCACCACGGCCACGAGCACCGCGCCUGGCGCUACCUCAACCGUUCCGCUUAACUAUGCUGCUCAAGCUGCGGGAAAGCUCUACUUUGGUUCAGCAACGGACAAUCCAGAGCUCACGGAUGUGCCCUAUGUCACCAUCUUAAACGAUACUGCGAUGUUCGGGCAGCUGACACCUGGCAACAGUAUGAAAUGGGAUGCCAUUGAACCCGAGCAAAAUGUCUUCAACUUCACUGGAGGUGACCAAAUUGUCGCUCUCGCUGAAGGGACUGGUAAAAUCAUGAGAGGCCAUAAUCUCGUGUGGUACUCGCAGCUUCCGGCUUGGGUCACUGCCACCGCUUGGACUGCUGAUGAAUUGACAUCCAUCAUCCAAACACACGUUACAACCGAGGUGUCUCAUUAUGUCGGAAAGAUCUAUGCUUGGGACGUUAUCAACGAACCUUUGAAUGACAACGGAACCUUCCGCUCUGACAUCUUCUACGACACGCUUGGGUCAUCGUACAUCUCAAUCGCCCUUCGUGCCGCUCGUGCUGCGGAUCCCAAUGCUAAACUUUACAUCAACGAGUACAACCUUGAAUAUUCCGGCCCGAAGAUCGACGCUAUGGUUCAGCUAGUGUCCGACCUCAAGGCAGAAGGAGUUCCCAUCGAUGGAAUCGGUAUUGAAAGUCACUACAUCCUUGGAGAAGUCAGCGCCUCCGAAUUGAAAGCCAACAUGCUGAACCUUACCUCCCUCGGUGUUGAUGUCGCCUUCACUGAGCUCGAUGUCCGUAUCGAGCUUCCUGCUACGGAUGCUGACUUGGAACAACAGAAAUCAGACUAUACGACAAUCGUCUCUGUCUGUAUGGAAGUCGCCGACUGCGUUGGUGUCACCGUUUGGGACUACACUGACAAGUAUUCUUGGAUUCCUGCCUCAUUCCCUGGUUACGGCGAAGCUUGCCCGUGGGACGAGAACUUGGUCAAGAAGCCUGCAUAUGAUGGCAUUGUAGCUGGACUUCAGUCUUAA